ACGCACCAAUCGCGUGUGCCAGCGCGACGAACGCACGAGAAAGUCAGAGAAAGUCGACCAAUGAUCAUCGUCCGAUUAAAGAAUGAUUUUGUGAUGAUAUCGCUCGGAUUGCCUCGGGUUGCGUUCGUCAGCUUCGAUGUGAUCACGCAAGCUUCCUACAUAAAUACAAUUCAAUAAAAUUAAUUUGUUUCUUGUGGUCGAGUUUCUUGUGGCUAUCAUCAGUUUCAUCUCUUCUUCCUUUCUGUGCAACUAUUCAUUUUUUUAAAUCUUUUAUUUUUUGCAUAAAGGAGAAUCUAGUGUAUUUUGUGAAAGUUUUAGGGAAAGAUAACAACCCAGCUUCAAAAAAUCAGACUUGAGGAACUCUGAUUAGAGAUUAGAGAGGCAUGAUUUCACUGAGAGGGAAAGAAGAAUAGGAAUUGAUAAAGAUCAAAACCCAAGAUGAUAAACUGAUGUGUGUUGUCUUGAAGAAUAAAAUUUUAAAUAACAAAUAAACUGUGACAGCACCUGAUUUAUAAAAGAACACUUGUUGGUUUACAAUCAUGAAUUAAAGAUAUUCUAACGUAGUAUAUUAUUAAUAUAGUACAUCUUUUUCUAAGGCAUAAUUAUUGAUUACAAGUUGAAGGAGUCAUGAAUGUGCCGGAUGUUAUUUACCUUGUUUCUUCAAGAAAUAAUGUUUUUAUAUGGAAUGCCGAUGAUUGGCUAAAACUUCGACGGAAACAUAAAAUAAUUGGCGAGUUAGUGGGUUCUUUCCCAAAAUCAACUAGACAAGAAGCAUUUUUAGGUCUCCCAUUACUUUUGUUACCAGAAGAAGUCACUUUGUUGCUCGAAAAGAAGAUUGCUUGCCUUGUAGAAUGUAAAAGUUUAAAGACACAGCCUGAUGAAUCGUUAAGUCAAAGAUUUCAGGAAUAUAGAGACAAACUAUUCCUGGAGCAAGCGGAUUGUUUGAAAGAAAACAGAAAGGAGCAGAUUACCUCUGUGAUGGAUAAAAUUGUAGAAGGAAAGAAGCGCAAAAUGUUAGGCUUGCAUACAAGUAAAAAGUACAUGAAGAAACCGUUAGAUAAGAAAACUCAGGAAGCCUUAGAUAAUAUUGAAAUCGAUACUGAAAGUUUACUUGAAGAGGAACUGGCCAAAUUACCUAAAUUGAACAAAAAUGACGCACUUGUUCAAAUACAUACAGCGUAUCCAUGGUAUAACGAGGAUGAUAUAAGAAUAGUAGAAUGGAAAUAUCCGUUUACAUCUGACCAACAACUCAAAUACAAGGUAUAUAAAGAUCUUUGGGAGAAGCAAUAUUAUAUCACCAGUGGAGAAAAAUUCGGUGGCGAUUUUCUGGUGUAUCCAGGUGAUCCAAUAAUGUUUCAUUCACAAUACAUAGUACAGUGUAAACGCAAGGACGAAGAAAUGCCUAUUACAAAUAUUGUAAAUCAAUGUAGACUCAGUUGUCAUGUUCGAAAAACAUUGGUGUUUGCCACGUAUCACGAAGAAGAAGAUGCAGUGAAAUACCAAUCUUUUCAAUGGACAGAUUGUAGCACGUUAGAAGAUAGCUGAUGUAACAAAAAAUUAUUUUAUUACAAAAAUAUUUAAUAAUAAAAGAAUUAUUAUGUGACCAUAAA